CCAGGAGACCAUGACCACUGAUGAGGCCACCAAGAGCGAGGGCGAGGUGCAGGCAGCGGCUCUCGCCGAGCGGGGGGAGGACAUCACACCAGCUCAAGACCGAGGGGUCCUGAAGAUCAUUAAGCGACCCGGCAGCGAAGAUGAGACCCCCAUGAUAGGGGACAAGGUUUACGUCCACUACAAAGGCAAACUGGCCAACGGCAAAAAAUUCGACUCCAGCCGCGAUCGCAAUGAACCCUUUGUCUUCAGCCUGGGCAAGGGCCAGGUAAUCAAAGCGUGGGACAUCGGGGUUGCUACCAUGAGGAAAGGAGAGAUCUGCUACUUGCUCUGUAAACCCGAGUACGCCUACGGCUCCGCUGGCAGCGCCCCCAAAAUCCCCUCCAACGCCACCCUCUUUUUCGAGGUUGAGCUGCUCGACUUCAAAGGCGAGGACUUGUUUGAGGACGGAGGGAUAAUCCGGAGGAUCAAGAGGAAGGGAGAAGGUUACUCCAACCCUAACGAAGGUGCCACGGUGGAAAUUCACCUGGAGGGAUUCUGUGGUGGCACCAGGUUUGACUGCAAAGAUGUGAAGUUCGUGGUGGGCGAAGGCGAGGACCAUGACAUCCCCAUCGGCAUCGACAAAGCCCUGGAGAAGAUGCAGAGGGGAGAGCAGUGCAUCCUCUACCUCGGGCCGCGGUACGGCUUUGGCGAGGCGGGGAAGCCGAAAUACGGCAUCCAGGCGAACGCAGAGCUGGUGUACGAGGUGACGCUGAAGAGCUUCGAGAAGGCCAAGGAGUCGUGGGAGAUGGACACCAAGGAGAAGCUGGAGCAGGCGGCUGUGGUCAAGGAGAAAGGCACCAUGUACUUCAAGGAAGGCAAAUACCUGCAGGCAGUGAUUCAGUACGGGAAGAUCGUGUCCUGGCUGGAAAUGGAGUACGGUUUGUCGGAAAAAGAGUCCAAAGCUUCCAACUCCUUCCUGCUGGCCGCCUUCCUCAACCUGGCCAUGUGCUACCUGAAGCUGCGAGAGUACGCCAAAGCCGUCGAGUGCUGCGAUAAGGCGCUGGGACUGGACCAGGACAACGAGAAGGGCUUGUACCGGAGGGGCGAAGCCAGGUUAUUGAUGAACGAGUUUGAGCUGGCAAAAUGUGACUUUCAAAAAGUGCUGGAAGUGAAUCCGCAGAACAAAGCGGCCAAAUCCCAGAUCUCCGUCUGCCAGAAGAAAACGAAGGAGCACAACGAGCGGGACCGGAAGAUCUAUGCCAACAUGUUCACAAAGUUUGCGGAGAGGGAUGCAAAGGAAGCAGCUAGCAAAACCGGGGUCGAAAAAGCAGCAGAGAAAGCAGCUUGUGAAAAGGGACCGAAAACUCCCGGCGCUGAAGAGGAAGAGGCCGAAGGACACGUAUGA